AUGGAGGUGAAGGUGCUGAGCUCCAAGAUCGUCAAGCCACGGUACGCCGAGGGCGCGCCGCGGCCGGACACCACUGAGCACGUCCCGUCCUCGGUGUUCGACAAGAUCACGUACCACAUCCAGAUGGCCAUCAUCUAUGCCUUCCAGGCGCCGGCGCCCUCCACUGAGGACAUCGAGCGCGGCCUCGCCCAAGUGCUGUCCGUCUAUCGCCUCUUCGCUGGUCAGGUCUGCGCGGGCCCGGAUGGCGCGCUGGGCGUGCUGCUCAACGAUCACGGCGCGCGGCUCGUGAGGCGCGCGUGGACGGGGCCACGCUGGUCGACUUCGCGCCGCCCAAGCCCUCGCCUGUGGUGUUGCAGCUGCACCCGGACCUGGAGGGCGACGUGGAGGAGGUGGUGCAGGUGCAGCUGA